CACAGUACUGAGGAGCGACGCAGACGGAAGAGGACGCUUUUUUAGAUGAGCUGUGAUGAUACCGGGAUCAGCCGGGCAAAAAAGACAAAAGUUGUUCGCCACGAUUAACUGACACUGCGGUUUCCUUUUUCACUGAACAUCAGCCUCGUACACGGGUUCAAGUUUCAAAUGGACAGACACUUGAAGACGGUUGGCUCAACAAGCAUGGGAUUAUUUCUGUAAUGUGGAUUGCUAUUCCCUUGCACGAAAAUAAAGAUUUGCUGCGGAACAAUGUGAGACGUUUUGCAUCUUGGGUUCUCGUGUUUCUGGAUAUCUUGAAAAUAAUUGGCAACAGCUGAGACAAAAAGAAGAAGAAGAAGAAGAAAAAGUAGUAGUUAAUACGCGAAGGAUUGUAUUCUUGGGACCAGCAUGGAUUUGCUUUUACAACCCCCUGCCCUUUUAGAGAAGUUUUAGCCGGUCCUCUUGUAUUUGUAUUAUCCCACUUGUGAACUUGAUGUUAAAGAGAACAAAAAGCCUCAUCUGGCUUGUUGAAUUUUAAAAACAAAGAUCUUCUGCCCUUUGGAUUGGAUUUCAAACACCAUGAACUUUAUUGACAGUUUGACACUAUUAUUUUUGACGCUGUCAGCUGUCAAGAGUGCCCACAUACCGAAGGAAACAGAAAGAGGUCCACAUAACGUGAUCCCUCUGAUGGAGGUAUACAACAAGAGUUUGUGUCAGCCUCGGGAGCUUCUGGUGGAAAUUCUGCAGGAAUAUCCGGACGAAGUGGAGCACAUCUUCAUCCCAUCGUGUGUCGUUUUAACGCGCUGUGCUGGCUGCUGCAAUGACGAGAUGCUGCAGUGCACGCCGACAUCCACGUAUAACGUUACAAUGGAGAUUAAAAGAAUUAAUCCCAGAAGGCAACAAAAUGAUAUUUUCAUGAGUUUUACAGAACACAGCGCAUGUGAGUGUAGGUUAAAGAAAGAAGUGAAAGAAAAGAAAGAAAAAAAAUCCCGGACAGGCAGGGGUAAAGGCCAAAAGAGAAAACGAAAGAAAACCCCUGAAAAAACAAUUCAUGAUGCUGUUUGUGAGCCGUGUUGCGAUCAGUGCUCAGAGCGGCGAAAGCGUUUGUUUGUACAGGAUCCUGCAACCUGCCGGUGCUCGUGCAAACACACGGACGAAUACUGUAAAGAACGCCAGCUCGAGCUCAACGAGAGGACCUGCAAAUGUGACAAGCCAAGAAGAUGAGAGGAGUGGGCGCACCAGAUGUACAAGAUGAAGGAAUAUAUUAGCGAUACUUCACAGCACAGCACUUUGCGACCUUUGAACCGUAAGCUCUUCUUUUCAGUGGAAAUCAUUCCCCUUGGAGUGAAACAGAACAAAAAGACUGAACUGAAAUUUCCUCCCACUGUAUAUCGGUGUGUACAUAGACCACAUUAAAAGAAAAAGAAAAAAAAAAGAAUAUACAGAAUUGUUGCUGCUACUGUAAUAAUUAAGCCCAUCAUUUGUCAAAAAAGCAAAAAUAGUUGGUUUUACAUUUCUAACAGGCUUGCAGUGCAGGUGUAGUCUUAUUUGUGAGUUCAAUGUAUACAAUUACUUCACUGGAUAUGAGUCUACUGUGGUUGUGUGUCAAUUAUAACAUGCAAAACCUCUCAAUCUAAGAUGUAUUUAACUGCUAAAACCGUGGGUGAGACUGAAGAUGAUGUGGGCGUGAUCUCUUUUCUAAAGUGAUGGAUGGACUUUUUUCUCUGACGAUGUUUUGCCUUUUGGAGUAAAACAGCAGGACAAGCGGGACAGCUGAAGAGAAAUCUUGAAUCUGUCUCCUCGUGGUGUCACUUCCUUCUUCUGAGGACAUUGCAGGACUGACUGAACUUUACACAGGUUCACUUCUCUGAUCAGAGGAGACUCUGAGGUGCCAUAUACUUCUAAAGGGAUACUGCUCAUCAAUAUAGAGUUUUAAUGUAUUGCUGUGUCCUGCGAGAAAACCACUGUAUGAUUGAUUCCAUUUGAAAACUGUGCCUCACGAAAAAGUACUGCUUUUUAAAUUAUUAUUUUGUUUGCAUUUUUUCAGGAGUCUGUCAAUUUUCAAAGUAGUUUUCUUAGAUGUUGAACUCAAUACAGAAUCCAUUGAUUAUACAGCUUCUCUAAACUUGUACAUAAUUAAUAACCCUUUAUGCCAUAGUUCAUUCUAGAUAAUUUAUGUUAUAGAUUAUUUUUCAGUAUUCAUACUACACAUAUUUAAUUUGGUCUAUUUAUGUAUGCAGUGUUAUGUAUCUGUGGCUGUCCUAUCUCCCCAUGUGUAAGGUCACUGAUGGCUACUCUCAUUUCUACAAAACAAAAAUGCAACAACAAAAAAAAACACAAAUGUAUUUAACAUUCCCUAAAUGAAUCAUUUGUACUGAUAACACCACCUCCUUUUCAACCCCUCUCAUCUAAGGGUGUGGGUGCUGUGUAGAAUUUUAACAUAUGUUAAACUUGUGUGCGAGUGUGAGUUUGUCUGCAUGGAUGAAUGCAACACAUCUGUGUAAAGUUAGUAUUUAAGUAAUUAGCGGAUGUGUGUUUUGUCCGUUGUCCAAGAGGCAAAUAUAAAUAAACUACUGCUUGCAGCUCAAUACUACAACACCACCACCACCAUUUUAAAUCUGGAUAACAAUUUGCAUACUUCUGUCAUCAGUCUUAGAGCCCUAAUUAUUAGUUCUCUUUGUGUCUUCCUCACUAUUAACGUGUUUUCUGUGUCUGUGUAAACAGUAAAGGAUAUUUAUUUUCAAAUCGUAUUGUUUUAUAUAAAAUAACCAAAAGGUUGCUGUGUUGUGGAUGCUGUGUUUUUCGGAGCUUUAAUUACGCAACAGUGUACUCCUGUUUUUGUGCAGCAAGGUGACGCUCGCACAUCUGACAGUAACUGGGAUAAAGCCGAAAAGAGGA